AUGCGCCCUGCGGACAAGACAGGCCUCGGCCCUUCUGCCGCCAUGGGCGCCACUGCAGAAGAGUUGACCAUCUGGCGACAGCACAUGAAUAAGAACAAGCUGCACACCCUAGCUCGGCUGAGCCGGGAUGUAUUCUUUUCAUCAAGCCAUUUGGAGAGCCCAUUCUGUGGCUUGGUGUGGCUAGAGGUCAGUUGCCUGGGAGAUGAGUAUGUCACAAAGGCCACCCUGACUGCCAGUCACCAGGUCAUAAAGGUGGACAUUGCUGGGGAAUCAGUAUGUGACAAAGAAGUCUCUAUGAUAUGGAGCCACGUUUCUGACUUUAUUCUACGACAGCUGAGGCUGCAAAAGGGGGUCUACAUACCUGCUUUUGGGACAUUUACUUUUAUGAGGCAAAAACUAGAUGCUGGGAACAGGUUUAGCUCUAUCCAGAUACCGAUCUUUAUCAUGUCAGAGAAGCUAUUGCAGCUGCAUGGACUACGACAAACUAAGAUCCACACACCUGGGGAUAUCCCCGUUGUACCACUGAAUUUUAUCAUGGUUGCCAUAGCGGGGCAUUAUAGCAGGGACACAGUCGAAGGAUGCAUUAAAGAAACUCUGCAGCUCUUAUCACGAUCAAUCUGCACACAAAAGAAAGUUGAAUUUACUUUCCAAGGAAUCGGUAUCCUUACAAUUGAAAAUGACAAAGUAAAAAUGAAAUUUUUUCAGGACUUCUUGUCUGCAGUGGAUUCAAGUGGCAAUCUGGAAAAAGGUAUUGCAAAGACACCUCAAAGUGUAAAUUCAACUUUAGCAAACAUCAAAAAUUCGAAGAGAAGUCCAAACUGUGUUCUUUCAUUCCCCAGAAUUGAAUUUGAAUUAAAAGGAAAUAAUGAAACACUGGAAAAAAUUGAACAACCUAAACUGAGGAAAUCCGUGUUAAGAAUGAAGUCAGACAAAGAUGAUGUGCAAGAAAAUAGUAGGAUUUUCAUGUCUGUAGCUGAUGUGACUUUGGUUGAAACAUAUAAGAAUGUGUUAUCUGUUCCUAUUGUAUUUUUCUCUCUUCAUUGUAUCUAUAUGACCAUUAAAGCCUCAAAGGAAAAGACUGAAAGGAAACUUAACUCUUUCUCUUAUUCUACAGUCAACUUUCUACCUAGACCUCCAGGUCAAAAACCCACUCCAGCAUCUGGAAAUAUUGCACCCGUAAUAUUGCCUACCACAGUGGAACCUAAUAAGACUGUCUUUACAAAAACAAGAACCAAAAGUGUGCCACAUCCACCCAGUCCAUCAAAGAACACCAAAACAGAACCUAAGACCUCUGAGACUACAACUUGUAGGGAUCAUGAGAAAGCAGGACAGGAACUUUGUUACGUGUGUAUGCAACGCAGGAAGGCCAACAGUGCACUGUAUUCUAAUGUCAAGUUGAAAAAAGAAGAAGAACAGGACGACCAAAUUCUACAUCAAUAUCAGAUAAUGAAAGACAAGGACACUGCAUUCAAAGACCAGUUGAGACUAAAAUCAGAAAAAGAAGAACGCAUGAGGAAUGCUGCUUAUAACCUUGGUGUCGCAGAUGCUAUAAAAUCACAGAGGAAUCCGAAAUGCCACUUUUCUAAUCCAUAUUACUUUGCGAACCGACCAGCAAGUGCUGCUAUUGUCACUGAAAAGAAAAAUGAGUAUACUAAGAACCUUCUCAAACAAAUAGAUGCCAAUAGUAAACUGGCCAAGAAAAACAAAGAAAAUCAGAAAGUCUUGGAGCAACUAGAACGGCUGCAACUCAAACAAGAGAUUGAUGAACAAAAAGAUGAACUGAAGAAACAUCAAUUUGAGGAGAGAGAAAUGUAUAAGAAAGCACUGGAAUACCAGCUGAAACACAGGCCUUCCAGACUGCCCAUCUACGAGCCCAUGGGCACCUUCACCAACUUUGGGCAGAAUGAAAAGACCCUGGAGGCUGAGAAGCGGCAGAGAAAUAUUGAAUAUAUGAAGCAGCAGGUGGAAGCCGCUCUAGGCCACAGAAGACAGCGUGUCCUCAACCAAAUAAAAAAUCUGCAGCAAGAAAAAAAAAUGCUUCAGAAAAACCAAGAAAAGCAUUUAGCAGAAAGAUGUGCAGAAGAGGAUCGAAGGAACACCAUCAAUCAACACCUGAGAAAAGAAUGGGAUAAAGAUGUUGUGCUGAAGCAUCAGCGAGAUGAAGAUGCCAAGGCCUUUGACAAGUAA